AUGUUCUGUAUAGAGUGUGGUACGCAUGACAAUCCAUGCCGAUGCAAGGUUGUCGGUCCAACGCUGGGCUUUUUGCUUCUUCUAAUUACGGCGCUCGUAUUAUGGCCUGUUGGUGCGAUCGUCUUUAUCUUCAACAAGGCCAAGGGCCGGAAGAUUAUGUCUAAACCUGUGAAUCAUAUCUAUCCCGCUGUUUCCCACGCUAUUCCGAUCUGAUCCUCUGUUUUAGAGAGGGAUCUAAAGAAAUUCCAUGUAUUGAAAUGCAGAGUUGUUUGCUGUGUGAACUCACCCAUUUUUAGGGCUUUUUUAGGUUUCUGGAUCUCGCCUCGUUUAUUGUUAAUCAUGUGUGUACUUUGUUUCUGCAUCUUAUAAUAAAAAAUUCCGGGUAGAUCUCAUGAUUUAUGAGCUCCUCCCGGAGCAUUUUACUGAAA